AUGAGUAGCUCCUGGUUUAUGGUGCAACGUGAAAUGAUAAUUGGCCAAUUUGCUAACCCAUUUUGCUUGCCAUCUAUUGAGCUUCUGGGGUUGUUUAAAGUUUGGGCAGAAAAAGUCGACAAAACGUCGCAACAACCAACAACCAGAUCACAGAGAGCAAGAGGAAGCUCAGACAACCCACAAACAGCAACCCCACCGACGUCGUCCAGACAAGAAAGAAUAGCAGCACCACCUCCCUUUCCCCAACCAGACGUAACCCGACUCUACACCAGAGAACAAGCAGACGCUUUCUACGAAGCCAGAACACGUUGGCUACAGUACUAUGCAGGAAGCCACCCACAGCUACUGCCCACAACACAACACAAUCCCCCAGUAACCAUAGAAAACCUCUACGACGAGAACAAUUUUGAAGAGUUUGCAGCAGGCGGCAACCCGAUACCACCUCCCACUCCACAGAUACUCCCUGCCGCACCUGCUCCAUCCCACAUCCCACAACCACACACCAUGUCUAACGCUGCAACCCCCAAACCCACGAUAAUUGGGAAAAUUGAUGACUUUGAUGGAACCCCAGAUAGAGCCCAAAGGUGGAUAUCGUCCACCGAUCUACACUUUGAUAUCAACGACACCAUCUACAACUCCGACAAGAAAAAGGUAUAUGUGGCCCUCAGCUACAUGAAGGACGGCAAUGCUGCCUCAUGGAGCGAAGCCAAGAUGACCAAAUACAAAGAGAAAAAUGCCUAUCCCACAUGGGCAGACUUUAUGAAAACCUUUAUAGCCAGUUUCAGAACAGCAAACAUCAAAGAUUAA